AUGGCUGAGCUCAACCAUGGCGACAAUGAACCAACUGCAACGGAGACAACGCCUCUCAUAACAAGAAAAUUCCGUGACGGGCAGUCCAACAUUCUUCCACGAAAGAAGCUUCUCCUCGUCUUUCCAGCUCUGGCGUUGGUUCAUUUCACCUCGUUCAUCGACCAAACGGCAGUUUCUACGACCCUCCCGUCAAUCGCAUCGGCUCUCAAUGCCGGAUCAACCAUUUCUUGGGUCGGAACGAGUUUCCUCACAACGAGUACUAGCAUACAACUUAUAAAUGGUCGUCUUUCCGAUAUAUUCGGGCGCAAAACAUGUCUUAUAACGGCUUUGACCCUGAUGGGACUGGGUAAUUUGCUUUCGGGAUUCUCGAAAACUGCUGGACAACUUUAUGCGACUCGAGCGUUUAGCGGAUUCGGGGCUGGCGCGCUGAAUGCGCUCGUUCAAAUUACCAUUUCGGAUAUCACCCGGCUAGAUCAGCGCGGUUACUACUUUGGCAUACUGGGUAUAGCUGUGGCUCUCGGCAAUGGACUUGGCCCAGUGGUCGGCGGUCUGCUUACCGAGCAUAUAUCGUGGAGAUGGGCUUUUUGGUUUAUUUGUCCGUUGACAAUGGCUGCGGUGGGCCUACUGGUCCUGGUUUUGCCUGGUUCAUCAACAGAAGGCGGCAUUGGCAAGAAACUAAAAAUGGUUGACUGGGUUGGAGUGAUGACUAGUAUGGCAGCUAUAAUACUCAUGUUGAUUCCCAUCUCUCAGGGAGGGUCUGCUUUAGCAUGGACUUCACCAAUUGUUAUCGGGAUGCUGGUCUCUGGUAUCAUUCUUUUUAUCGCUUUCAUCGGGAUCGAGUGGCGGCUGGUAGAGCUACCUAUCCUACCGACUAUGAAUAUCGGAAUCGGAUGGGUGUUCUGGGGCAAUCUUUUCUACAUCCCACUCUAUUUCCAAACAGUACGCGGCAUGAGUCCAGCCACAGCCGGAUCAGUUAUUCUUCCCAUGGUGAUUGCCCAUGGAAUAACCUCUGGGUUAAGUGGAAUUAUCACGGCCUAUUUCGGUCGCUACAAGCCUGUCAUUUGUACAGGAGCGGCCUUUUGGGCAGUCGGUGCAAUGGUGAAAUCUACUUACGGGCAAAGUACUCCUAUUCAGUGGUUCUUCUUCGUUGGCAUCUUUGAGGGUAUUGGCGUUGGGUGUGGACUACAGCCUGUUUUGGUUGGCCUACUUGCAGGAUCUGACAAUGUUGAUCGCGCGGUCAUUACUGGUCUAAGAAACUUCAUACGCGAUAUCGGCGGGUCGAUUGGCAUAACUAUAUCUGGCGCGAUCCUCAACAACGUCCUACAUUCUGGCCUCAAAGGCCGAUUUAGUCCCUCAUUGAUCUCACAAUUGACCUCGUCUGCAUUUUUGUUAGGUGAGUUGGAUCUGUCUGAUGAAGAUAGAAAUGAGAUUAUGGCAGUGUAUAUGCGCGGAUUGAACACGGUCUUUAUUUCGUAUGCUGGCUUGACGGCCAUCAUGUUUGUAGCGUCCUUGUGUCUUUAUGACUACGGUCUUACUGGCAGACGCGAUACAAAGAGACAGGUUUUUUCUCACUUGGAGGAUGGCAACAGGGAUUCAGAACCUGGGGCUGGAAGUAGCGAGUAA